AGGAUCGAAAUAUCUCAGAGAGCGCGAGGUAGGGUUUAGGCGAUGAUCCAUUAGUUCGCGACAGCGGCGGAGAGUGGAUUCGUGGCCGCCAUGCCUUGCGCCAUGGUCUCCGGCCUCGCGGGGCAUCACCGAGCCGUCGAAUCGAUCGCCUGCUCGUCCUCGUUUCCAUCCUGGCAGCAGCAGCGAAAGGGGGGGAUUUCCAUCAAAACCAGGGCCUUCGCCCCGUGGCUUCGCUUUACCAAGCCUCCUCCUUCCUCGUCCUCAGCCUCCUCGGGUAAGAGUAGCAGCAGUAGGAGAAAAUCCAGAAAGCUAGAGCCCGGCAAUGGUGGAUUUAAGAAAAAUGUAGCUUUGGCCUCUCUAGCUUUGGGAGCCAAUGCUAUGAUCUUGCUGGGUGGUGGUGGUGGUGAAUUUGGAGGCUUCGGUGGAGGUGGUGGAGGAGGCGGCGGCGGCGGCGGCGGUGGUGGCGGAGGCUUUGGAGGAGGACCUGGUGGUGGAAAUUGGCUGUGGGAGCUUCUGUGCGCGGCGAUUGGGGGCAGUGGUGCCAGGGCCGACGAUAAAAACAGUGGAGAUUGGGAUCCUCACGGUGCUAAAGUCGGCCUCACGGCACCGGUAAGCCGGCUCAGCCCCAACAAGAAGUACAAGCUUUCCGGCGUCGAUCUCGUGGAUCAGCGCAGCAAAAAGGCCGUCGAUGGCAAGGAUCCAUUUUUCGAGCUUGUCACGCUCCGGAAUGGUGGGGUUUUCACGAAAGACCAGCUUGAGUCGGAGCUGGAGAACCUCGUCAACUGUGGCAUGUUCCAGACCGUGGAGAUGGAAGGCGUCACUCAGGCUGAUGGGACUAUAAAGAUCAACAUCAACUUUGUCGAGAGCCAGUGGCAAGCGGCGAAAAGUGUGCGGUGUAUCAACGUUGGGCUGUUGGCUCAGACCAAGCAACCCGAUUUUAACAGCAUGACCGAGAAGCAGCAGCAGGAAUAUCUUGGGAAGCAAGAAGAAGAGUACAAGAAGCGGGUGAGGAAAGCCAGGAAGUGCAUGCUACCGAGAAGGAUCGAGCAGGAAAUUUCGGGCUGGCUGUCUGCCGAGUCUCGUGUUACUGCGAGAAUGCUGCAGAGAAUCCGGGAGAGAAUACAGAAGUGGUAUCACGAUGAAGGCUAUGCGUGCGCUCAAGUCGUCAACUUCGGAAACCUCAAUACGAACGAAAUAGUCUGUGAAGUAGUGGAAGGGGACAUCACAGACGUGCAAAUAAUGUUCCAGGACAAGAUGGGGCUUCCAGUUGAAGGGAACACUCAAGUCCCUAUCAUAGAGAGGGAGCUUCCUUCACAGCUUAGCUCCGGGAAGAUCUUCAACAUUGAAGCGGGCAAGAAAGCUUUGCGCAACAUUAACAAUCUUUCUCUCUUUUCUAACAUUGAAGUCAAUCCAAGGCCGGAUGAAGAGAUCGAGGGAGGUAUUAUAGUGGAAGUGAAGUUGAAGGAGCUCGAGCAGAAAACUGCUGAGAUCAGCACCGAGUGGAGCAUAGUGCCAGGGAAUUCUGGACGUCCAACACUGGCCUCGAUCCAGCCAGGUGGUAACGUAACCUUUGAGCAUCGGAAUAUCAAAGGCUUGAACCGCACAUUGAUUUGUACUGUCACGUCGAAUAAUCUCUUCAAUCCCCAGGAUGACUUAGGAUUCAAGAUGGAAUACGUGCACCCGUAUCUCGACGGUGUGACCGAUCCCAGGGAGCGUACGCUCAAGGCUAGCUGUUUUAACAGUCGCAAAGUCAGUGCUGUGUUUACUGGAGGUCCCGGUUUGGAAGACGUGCCUGGUAUAUGGGUCGAUCGAGCUGGAUUUAAAGCCGGUAUAACUGAGAACUUCACCAGGCAGAGCAAGCUGACGUAUGGAUUUGUCAUGGAGGAAGUCACAACGCGCGACGAGAACAGUGCCAUUUGCACUAACGGGGCUCGCGUGCUUCCAAGCGGGGCCUUGAGCAUGGACGGUCCCCCGACUACUCACAGCGACACCGGGACUGACCGGGUGGGAUUUUUCCAGGCCAAUCUCACACACGACAACACAAAGUUCGUAAAUGGAACACCCAUUGGCUCGAGGAACAUCUUCCAGCUCGAUCAAGGACUGGGAGUCGGCUCCAGGUUUCCAUUUUUCAAUCGACACCAACUUACAUUGACUCGGUUUAUACAACUGAGGCCCGAAGAUAGACACGGCGAGCAGCCACCUCCGGUUCUGGUGAUCCACGGUCACUACGGAGGCUGCAUUGGCGAUCUUCCAAGCUACGAUGCGUUCACUCUGGGAGGACCUUACUCCGUUCGCGGCUAUAAUCUAGGGGAGCUUGCAGCUUGCAGAAACAUCCUCGAGACUGCGGCUGAGUUGCGAGUCCCUGUAAAGAACACGCAUUGUUACGGUUUUGUGGAGUACGGAACAGACCUCGGCAGCUCCAAAGACGUGCGAGGAAAUCCCACCGAGUUUUUCAGGCGCGUUGGUCACGGAGGCUCGUACGGAGUUGGAGUGAAGCUGGGACUCGUGAGAGCGGAGUACGCCAGAGACUGUAAUGCGGGUUCUGGAGCAUUGUAUGUUAGAUUUGGAGAACGAUUUUGAUUUGAGUGCGAGGGAUAUUUUUGUUCUUCUCUUUCUUUAUUAUUCUUUAGAUUCUCUCUUCUAAAAGCUUAUACAUCACCCCGGAAGUUUGGACAAGCAAAUCAAACAGGAUUGGUUGAAACAGGAA